AUUUCCUAUUUCGUCAUCUCAUCAAAUUUUUCUAUCUAGGGUUUUCUAUUCUUCACCUCUCUCAAAUUUCCCCAAUUUCCUCACGAUAAAAGUUCUCUUUGUGGUCGAAAAACUACUAGUUUCCCUCCGAUUCAGCUUAUCAAUUCGUGUUCGAUUUCGGAGAGUUCGCAUAAUUGAUUAAGUCCUUUGAAUUGGGCGGUGAAGAACGCAAUUUUUGCUCCGACUCGGAGAAGUUGCUUCGUCAAUUGAAUGCCUGAAUUGGAAGGGUUUCAGCAGGUUUUGAAGGGGGAUUUCCUAGAAGGAGUUUGAUAUUGAGAGUCCAAUUAAAGGAAAAGGCCAAGUCAUGAAGAUUGUUUCUGGGUUCCUUUCGGUGUGACUAUAUCUGUUUGUGCAUCAAUUACAGGAAAAGAUUUCAGUCACCUUGCUCCUGAUACUUCUGAAAGAUCGUCAAGAGCUUUGCAGGGGUAACGUUCACGGGUCUUGGGAGAAAUGGAUCAUGGUCGCUAUGGUCUUCAUCAAGGAUGGGAAAAUAACAGCGCUUUGGAGGGUUAUGGUCCGGUAAAUGAGCCAAACUUUCGGGUUGGUGGUUCUUAUGAUGAGAGGAGGUUUGUAGAUGAAAGAUUUUCAAGGGACAGUGUUUAUUCAAGGAGUGCCUUCCACCGGGAUGUAUUGGAAAGGGAGAAUUAUCCACCACCGUCUGUUAGUCUCUGGCAUCAAACAAGGAAGAGAGCCUAUGAAGAUGAGUAUCCCCUUGAGAGGGAUUCUAGGAGGCAUGAAAAGGCAUAUGCUGAUCCAUACGAUAUGGAUUCUCGUAACACUGACCACUACCAUGAUCAUGGGUUUGACAGGCCUUCUCGGUACGGUGGACGUGAUCGUGAUGAUUACAUGUAUGAUGAUUAUGAUUACAGAACUCGUGUUCCCCACCAAAGCAGGGAAAAUAGCCGAGAGCGAGAUUAUGAUUAUGGUAGGCACAGUUAUGAUUCUGAUUAUGAGCGAGGAAGUAGGAGAGAUGGUAAUUGGCGAAGGCAUAAUUCCCGUGACCGUGAGCGUGAUAAAAGAGAUUUGAGUCGUGAAAGGGAUCAGAGUCCAUACAAGAAGCAUGAGCGUUCUCGGUCUAGGUCUCAUGGUCGGGAUGAUCGGCCAAGGUCACGAUCUCCUCGAGGUCGAAGUCAUGGUCGAAGUCAUAGGGAGGAGAGUUAUGAUGAUAGUCGAUAUGAGAGAAGUGAGAGGCGGAGGGAUCGUGAUGAUAAACACCACUAUUCUGUGGCUCCUUCAGCUACUGUAGUUGUCAAGGGUCUCUCUCAGAAGACAACGGAGGAAGAUUUGUACCAGAUACUUGCUGAAUGGGGACCUCUUCGCCAUGUCCGUGUGAUCAAAGAACGAAAUUCUGGCAUCUCUCGUGGAUUUGCUUUUAUAGACUUCCCUGCUGUGGGUGCUGCACAAGCGAUGAUGGACAAGCUUGGAGAUGAUGGCCUUGUUGUGGAUGGUAGAAAGCUUUUCUUUGAGUACAGUAGUAAACCGACAGGGGGAUCAAGUGGUCCUCUUGGAUUUGAAAAUUCAUCAAGGUCAGGUCAUGGUAACUACCGGAGUGUAACAAUACCAUCUGACUGGAUGUGCACCAUCUGUGGCUGUGUCAAUUUUGCACGCCGAACAUCCUGCUUUCAGUGUAAUGAACCAAGAACAGAUGAUGCACCCCCAGCUGAUAUGGCAUCAUCAAAUCCCACUCCUCUUGGGAAAAGAGGUGAAGCAGGCCCUACCCAUGUUUUGGUUGUCCGGGGAUUGGAUGAAAAUGCUGAUGAGGAAAUGCUUCGUUAUGAAUUUUCAAAGCAUGCUCCUAUAAAGGAUCUCCGACUUGUGAGGGACAAAUUUACACAUGUUUCUAGGGGAUUUGCUUUUGUGCAUUUUUAUUCUGUUGAGGAUGCUACCAAGGCCCUUGAGGCAACAAACGGUACUACUCUAGAGAAGAAUGGGCAAAUUCUUCGAGUUGCAUAUGCCAAAAGUAUUCUAGGACCUGGAUCAGGUGCAUCUGGUGCUUCUCAAUCCAGUAGUCUUGCUGCUGCUGCAAUUGAAGCAGCAACUUUUGCCCAACAGUAUGAUGCAGUUGGAUGGGCCCCAAAAGAAUACAAUCCUGAUGAUAAACAAUCUGCUGGUGGUGGUGGGCAAGAGCAAGAUGGUGGAGUUGCAGGUCAAACUAAUGCACCAGCACCGCAAUCUGGUUUCGUGUGGGAUGAAGCUUCUGGUUACUAUUAUGAUGCUGCCUCUGGAUUCUAUUAUGAUGGGAAUUCGGGACUGUACUAUGAUGGUAAUAAUGGGAUCUGGUAUUCAUACGAUAAUCAGACUCAGCAAUAUGUACCUUGUAAUAAUCAGAAUGAUGCAACAGCUGAAAAGCAAAGCGAAGCUUCCAAGACCUCUGAGGGUUCAAGUAAUAGAAAAGUAGUAAUAUCUGCACCAGCAGCCACGAUAACAGCAAAUGAGAAGGCUGCUUCUCUUCCUGAUGCUAUCCAGGCUGCUGCCAGUGCUGCAAUAGCUGCAGAGAAGAAAGAGAAAGAGAAAUCUAAAGAAAUAAGGCUUGCUUCAAAGAGCAGUAUACUGGCUAACAAGAAGAAGAUGAAUAAUGUGUUGACAAUGUGGAAACAAAGGAGUAACGAAGGUCAAGCUCCACGUGUGGCUCUCGAUGAGAACCUGCCUUCUGCAUUAUCAGAAGAUAGAGCAGGCUCAGUUGGGUCAUCUGCAAAGAAUAGAUUCAAAGCUGAGCCUGUUAUUACCAAGGAGAAUGCUACAACCACUUCAGGAUUUGCCGUAAACUCUGGAAUUCAAACUGAUGGGGAAUCUGAGGAUAGGCCGCGGUCUGUCAGCAGCAGCUCUGGUGGAACCCUAAAAGGGGUGAUUAGGGGCUCUGGGAUGGGUGUUAUCAAGUCUGAUACUCUGUAUACAGGAUCUUCAGGGACUUCUUUGACGCCUUUGCAAGCUGUUGCAUCUACUGCAGUUUCAUCUCAAUUAACAAACAUAGAUGCUUCUUCGACUCCAACACCCUUUAGAACAGAUGCAUCAGCAUUGGGUUCUUAUGCAUCAGCGGUCCCUGCUGUAAGUGGUAAAAGAAGGUUCUCGGAGAUGCCACAACAAACUCCUCUUCUGAAUAAGGAACAGACUACAUAUAGGGAUCGUGCGGCUGAGCGCAGGAGCUUGUAUGGUUCAUCUUCUUCACUUGGAGAAGAUCUUUCACAACUUGGGGCUGGGGAUUCGAAUCGAGACUCAACGCUAAGAAGGGGUGCUUUAGAUUCAAUGCCAUUUCCCCCUGGUGUUGGGGGCGGACGUGGUGCAACAGAUGGUAGUAGUCAGAGUUAUGAUGUGAUAACAGCUGACAGGGCACUUGAUGAGAACAAUGUUGGGAACCGUAUGCUUCGCAGCAUGGGCUGGAAUGAAGGCUCGGGUCUCGGAAGGGAUGGGAGUGGUAUGGUGGAGCCUGUUCAAACACAAGCGAUGGAUGGUAGAGCAGGACUUGGAAGUCAGCCUAAGAAGGUCGAUCCAAUCCUUGAAGUGCAGGCUGGAGAUAGCUACAGAACUCUGAUUCAAAAGAAGGCAAUUGCUAGGUUCCGCGAGAUGUCUUAUCGAGAAGGGAAUUAAGGUUCAGAAGCUCGUGAGUCUCGGAAUUGACAGGAAGAGAACUGGUUGUAUUGCUUUAGGUUGUGGCAUCACCAUACUGGUGAUUUUUUGCCUUGCCCAAUUGUGGUGAUUUACACUAUAGUUGCAGCACUGUUCAUUAGGAACAACAGAUCUUUUGCAUAAAAUUAUAAUCAUAACUCUUUUUUAACGUGACUGCUUAUAUCUGAUAUACGUUAGUGCUGGAGCAGGCAGCAUGCUUCCAUUUUUCCA